UUUUGCCGAUUCGGCUUCAGUUUUCCCUCCGUCUUGGUUUCGGUCUGACAGCUAAUAUUAUUUUACAAAUACUUGACCGUUGUAAAUCUGGGUACGUUAGACGUUGAUUUCGAGCGGGACGCGAGUCAGAAAAAGGGUUAAGUGAUCUGAAAAAGCCCGAAAUUGGAUUAACGUUAGCUCGCUAAGCUAACAGGCUAGCUUUCACUGGACUAGCUGUCUAGCCAGCAUUAGCUUGCUAACGUCAACUUAAUCCGAGAUAGCGCUUCAUCUCGCCCGGCCUGAGGCUCCGGACGGAGACAGAGAGCUUCCAGCAAACACGCUGCAGACGGAGUGCUGUAAACCGCCGGAGACGCCCGGACUGGAUUGAAUUAUUAGUGUUGUUUAUUAGAGAUAAUGCGCCUGUAAGUUAGUUCGUUGUUCGUAUUCAAUGUGAUAGACUGAAGUUUAGACUUGUAGAAUUAGACAGCUAGACCUCAUGGAGAACUACUACCACCACCAACAACGCUAUGACUCCUCCGGUCAAGGGCGAGAGAACAAAACGCACCGAAAAAAGGGUUUCGUGGUGGGAGCAGGAACUUCAGCUCACGGCACCUAUGGGAACGAAGAAGGCGAGAAGAAGCCGAAGUUCCCCUUAAACAUCCGAACCCUUACUGACGAUGUGCUGGACAGGUUUGCGAGUAUCCGCAUCCCAGGCAGUAAGAAGGAGCGGCCAAACCUUUCCCACAUGACCAAGCACUCCUCCACCAGCGACUGGUCUUCUUCCUUGGAGUUUGAGGAGCUCUCAUCCAAGAUCACCACAGAGAAGGAGAUCCUUGCCCUCUUUGAAAAGAUGAUGGAGGAUAUGAACCUGAACGAGGACAAGAGAGCUCCACUCCGAGAGAAGGACUUGAGUACUAAGAGGGAGAUGGUGCUUCAGUACAUCGUUACAGCAGCUAAAACUGGAAGUCUGAAGAGCAGCAGCCAGAUAUCUCCUCAGGAGUUUCUCAGUGAGCUGAAAAGUGGAGUUACAGACGAGAAGCUGUUUGCUUGCUUGGAUUCCCUCAGAGUGUCCCUCACCAGCAAUCCAGUCAGCUGGGUGCAGAGUUUCGGUCAUGAGGGAUUGGGUCUUCUGCUGGAUAUACUGGAGAGACUCCUACUCAAAAAACACCAGGAUAAGGUUGAUAAGAAGAGUCAGCACAAAGUCAUCCAGUGCCUGAAGGCUUUCAUGAACAACAAGUAUGGGCUGGAGCGGAUCCUCGGGGAAGAGAAGAGUCUGGCACUGCUGGCCCGAGCGAUGGAUCCUUGUCAGCCUGCCAUGAUGACAGACGUCGUCAAACUGCUCUCUGCCAUCUGUAUUGUGGGAGAGGAGAACACGUUGGAGAAGGUCCUUGAAGCCAUCACAAGCGCGGGGGAGAGGUUGGAGAUGAGUCGCUUCAGUCCCAUAGUCCAGGGCCUCGCUGACCGCUCCGUCCAGCUUCAGGUGGCCUGUAUGCAGCUCAUCAACGCUCUUGUUACGUCUCCUGAUGAGCUGGACUUUAGGCUGCACAUCCGAAAUGAGUUCAUGCGCUGCGGCCUGCGAGAGAUAUUGCCGAAUCUGGGUGCUAUCAAGAAUGAAGCUCUGGACAUCCAGCUGAAGGUGUUCGAGGAGCAUAAAGAGGAGGACAUGAUUGAAUUCUCUCACCGUCUGGAGGACAUUAAAGCUGAAUUUGAUGAUGUAGGGGACGUUUUCAACAUGUUGUUCAGCGUGGUGAAGGACACGACUGCGGAGGUCCAUUUCCUCUCCAUCCUGCAGCACCUGAUGCUCAUCAGGAACGACUACUUUGUGCGGCCUCAGUACUUUAAGAUCAUAGAGGAGUGUGUGUCUCAAAUUGUCCUGCAUCGCAGUGGCACAGAUCCAGACUUCUCCUACCGCAAGCGCCUGGAUGUGGACUUCAGCCACCUUCUAGAGGUGUGUGUGGAUAAGGCACGGGCAGAUGAAUAUGAGCAGAGAGCCUCAGAGUUGGCUCAAAAGUUUGACGAAGAGCUGAUGGGCAGACAGGACGCCAUGGCCCAGCUGCUGAAGAAGGAGGAGAAAAUCAGUGAGCUGGAGGCAGAGCUGCAGGCCUUUAGAUCUCAGUUUGGAGCAGUGCCGGUGGGCAUACCUACAGUGCAGUCUGUCCCAGCCUUGUCGUCUUCGUCAUCUUCAUCAUCUUUUGCCCCAGGGGCCCCUCCUCCACCCCCUGUUCCUGGGGGUCCAGCUCCGCCACCCCCACCUCCUCCCCCGCCCCCACCAGGCUGUGCCGCCAUGCCCGGAGUGCCUCCUCCUCCUCCUUUUGGCAUCCCUCCCCCUCCUCCGCCAGGUCUGGGGGGCCUGAUGUCCUCCCCCACCCACCAUGUGCUGCCUUUUGGCCUUCGGCCCAAGAAGGAGUUCAAGCCUGAGACCACCAUGAAGCGCCUCAACUGGUCCAAGAUCCGUCCUCAGGAGAUGUCAGAGAACUGUUUCUGGGUCAUAGUGAACGAAGACCGCUAUGAGGAUAAGGAUUUGUUGGGCCGCUUGGCUCUUACCUUCGGAUCACAGAGAAACGAGCCCAAAGCUCGACGAGAGGAGGAGGAGCUGGAAGAGAAGAAAUCGGUGAAGAAAAGAAUCAAAGAGCUGAAAGUGCUGGACCCAAAGAUAGCUCAGAACCUGUCCAUUUUCCUGGGUUCUUUCCGUAUGCCUUAUGAAGAGAUCAGGAGGAUGAUUAUGGAGGUAGAUGAGGAGCAGCUAACAGAACCUAUGAUCCAGAAUCUGGUGAAGCACCUUCCUGAGCAGGAACAGCUGAAUGCACUGGCCAAGUACAAGAAUGAAUAUGCCAGUCUGUCUGAACCUGAACAGUUUGGGGUUGUGAUGAGUGAUGUAAAGCGGCUGAGGCCCAGGCUGAACUCCAUCCUCUUUAAGCUGCAGUUUGAGGAGCAGGUGAGUCACCUGCGGCCAGACAUCCUAGCGGUGAAUGCAGCUUGUGACGAGGUGAGGAAGAGCAAAGCCUUCAGCAAGCUGCUUGAGCUGGUGCUGUUGAUGGGCAACUUCAUGAAUGCCGGCUCGCGCAACGCCCAGUCCUUCGGCUUUGACCUCAGCUCCCUCUGCAAGCUGAAGGACACCAAGUCAGCUGAUCAGAAGUCCACUCUGCUGCACUUUCUCGCUGAGGUGUGUGAGGAGAAAUAUCCUGAUGUUCUUAGAUUUGCGGACGACCUGCAACAUGUGGACAGAGCCAGUCGAGUAUCAGCGGAGAACCUGGAGAAGACUCUGAGGCAGAUGGAGAAGCAGCUGCUGCAGCUGGAGAAAGAUCUGGACACCUUCAGCUCCCCCAUCGACCAGCAAGACCUGUUCCACAGCAAGAUGGCUAGCUUCUCCAUGCAGGCAAGGGAGCAGUACCAGAAGCUGGUCAUCAUGCAUGGAAAUAUGGGCACGCUGUACCAGAACAUGGUGGAGUACUUCGCCAUCGAUCCUAAGAAGACCUCAGUCGAGGAGCUGUUCACGGACCUCAGCAACUUCAGAGCCAUGUUUGUGCAAGCGGUGAAGGAGAACGGGCGGAGGCGGGAGGCGGAGGAGAAGCAGAGGAGAGCGAGGGCAGCCAAAGAGAAGGCCGAGCGUGAGAAGCAGGAGCGGCAGCAGAGGAAGAAGAGGCUGUUGGAGGUCAAUGCAGAAAAGGAUGAGACUGGAGUGAUGGACAGCCUGCUGGAAGCGCUGCAGUCUGGAGCUGCUUUCAGAGACCGCAGGAAAAGAGCACCUAGGCCCCGAGAUGAACCACCUCAAACGGUCAGCCAAAGGCCAGUUCUGAAAGACUGCAACCAUGAAAACACAAGGGUACCUCUGCAAAGGUCACGGUCCCGGCAGAAUAUCAAUUUCAGCUCAACGCGAGCCCCCGCUGCCAGGGAGGCUCAUUACGAGAACGAGGCCCAUCCGUCUGCAGCACGGAGAGCAGCCCCUGCCCACCGGCCGGACAGGGAGAAAGAGAGGGAACGGGAAAAAGAGAGGGAGAGGGAGAGGGAGCGGGAGCGAGCAAAAGAUCAGGAGAGCGAGAAAGAACAGACCCCGCCAGGGCGCUCGGCUAACGGGGACGCAGACGUGGAGGCUCUGCUUGCUCGACUCCGCGCCCUGUGACCUCACAUCCCCUUCUGACCUCUGUGUACGGUCACCACGGCAACGGCCAGACCAAGCCCAAUUAAGCUGGCCAUCCCUCGCACUAAUGAACGCCGUCAAGUAGCUCGCACACAAACACAAAAGUCUUAACAAUUAACCUUUCCUUUCACACGUCCCUGCCCUUUUCCUCUCGACAACUGGCGAGGGAGGCGAGUCAUUGUCCUCUGGCGCUUACCAAAAGCUUUUAGAGCUCCGUUCAGUUUGGGCGUCUUUGUUUAAACGAGAGGGUUUUGAUGGUUGAGGGCGACCCCGCGGCCACACUUUCUGAGCUUAAUAAAAAACAGAAAAGCAUUUAUAUUGAAAUUCAAGUUUAAAGAAAUUCAAAUCUAAAGGUAAAAGAGCCAAAUGGCUAGAGAACAGUGGUACAGAGUUGUCAGAAAGACAAAAGUAGCUAGACUUCAUGCUGGUCUUUAAGGCUACAGGGCCUUUGUCUUAAAUACAUAUGUGCACUUUCAAUAUAUUCUUUAUUCUAUGCAGACUCAUGAAACUAUAAUAUUUAUGGCUUUUUAUUUUCUAACUAUAACAAUUUUAGCUUUUAAAACGGCUUAGCCUCACAUACAAAAUAAGACCAAACUAAUAAUGAAUAAUAAGGGCUAGGAGAUAUCAUUUGGUAUUGCUGCAUAUUAAACCUAAUUAAUCAUUUUUGUCAGCUUUAUGUAUAAAAAAUAGACAUCAAAUUAAACUGGCAGUGUUGCUUUUGCAGCCAAAGUAAGACCUUCAGACAAUGAUUUUUAAAACAACGCAAGCCCUAAGUCACAGCUGUAAGCGUGGUUAACGUUUGAAAUUGAUCAAACAAC